UCCCGAAAGCUGUGCUGGGGCCCCGCCCCUGGAGCCGGGGCUGGAGGAAGAACGUGUCUCCAGUGGCGCCCAAGCGAGGAAACAUCCCCCGGUGCGGGAGGCGAGGAGGAGCCGGCAGGCAGAGGAUUUCGCCCAGCGGUGGGAGACCCCGGACGCCCUCGCGGCGCCCGUUCGGAGCAGAGACUGUCGGUUUCGGAUCCAAGGACAGUGAUGGCAAAGCUUAUCCUGGUUCUCUGUAAAAGCAAAGCAGUCACAGAAUAAAUCCCGCUGCCUGCCGCGAAGCCCCUGCGCGCUGCAAACUUAAGUACGCGACCUGAGUAAUCAGUGUUUGGAUAUGCAGAUCCUUGAUUUUAAAGGCGGGGUGACCCCCCCAAGAACCUCUCCCGGGGGCCGAAGCCCGCAGGUGCAGUGAGGCGUGCGCGCGCGCGGGUGCUGGCGCCCCCGAAGCCGCCUCGCCCGGAGAGAGGGAGACGGGGCGCCCGGCGGGGUCUGGCGGCCACGCACCGGCGGCGGCGGCGGCGGCGGAUGAUGGUGGCGGCUGGCGCGCGGGGCUGUGCUUGUGCGUCGUCGCGGAAAUCAGCGCCGGGCGCUGCCCACUGAGCCCUUGCAGGUCCGCCGCAACCCGAGCCUUGGCGAGGACGGACGCGGCGCGCAGAGGGCCGCGGACCCGCGCGCGGGAGAGCGGGGAGGGGGCUAGUGGGGUCGGCUGAUCAUGGCGGAUCGGACAGCUCCCGGCUGCCAGCUCCGGCUGGAGUGGGUGUACGGGUACCGCGGUCACCAGUGCCGCAACAACCUGUACUACACGGCCGGCAAGGAGGUGGUCUACUUUGUGGCCGGGGUCGGGGUGGUUUACAACACCCGUGAGCACAGUCAGAAAUUCUUCCUGGGACACAACGACGACAUUAUCAGAACUUUGUUUUGCCUAGAUGUUCAGUCAGUAAGUACAAGGAGAGCUUUUGAACACAGAAUAUCUACAAGUAUUGAUGGACUUCUCUGGCUCUUAGACUCCCUUGCCUUACAUCCAGACAAAACUAUCGUUGCAACUGGCCAAGUCGGGAAGGAGCCAUAUAUAUGCAUAUGGGAUUCCUAUAAUGUUCAAACUGUAUCUAUUCUUAAAGAUGUCCAUACACAUGGAGUUGCCUGCCUGGCUUUUGACUCAGAUGGACAGCGUUUAGCCUCUGUGGGAUUGGAUGCCAAAAACACAGUCUGCAUUUGGGACUGGAGGAAGGGAAAACUACUGGCCUCAGCCACUGGCCAUUCCGACCGGAUUUUUGAUAUUUCCUGGGAUCCUUAUCAGCCAAACAGAAUGGUUAGCUGUGGAGUAAAACAUAUAAAGUUUUGGACACUGUGUGGAAAUGCCCUGACUGCAAAGAGAGGGAUAUUUGGCAAAACAGGGGAUCUUCAGACCAUCCUUUGCCUUGCAUGUGCCAAAGAAGACAUCACCUACUCUGGUGCUUUAAAUGGCGAUAUCUAUGUCUGGAAGGGGCUCAAUUUAGUGCGCACUAUCCAAGGAGCACACAGUGCUGGAAUCUUUAGCAUGUAUGCCUGCGAAGAAGGUUUUGCCACUGGUGGCCGAGAUGGGUGUAUACGAUUAUGGGACACUGAUUUCAAACCAAUAACCAAAAUUGAUCUCAGGGAGACAGAGCAAGGAUACAAAGGCCUCUCUAUCCGGAGUGUGUGCUGGAAGGCAGACCGUCUUCUCGCAGGGACCCAGGACAGUGAGAUAUUUGAAGUUAUCGUGCGAGAACGUGACAAGCCGAUGCUGAUCCUGCAGGGCCACUGUGAGGGUGAGCUCUGGGCUCUGGCCUUGCACCCCAAGAAACCACUGGCUGUGACGGGCAGUGACGACCGCUCCGUCAGGCUGUGGAGCCUGGCCGACCACGCCCUCAUCGCCCGCUGCAACAUGGAGGAGGCCGUUCGCAGCGUCGCUUUCAGCCCCGACGGAUCCCAGUUGGCCCUGGGCAUGAAGGACGGCUCCUUCAUUGUCCUCCGCGUCAGAGAUAUGACAGAAGUGGUUCAUAUCAAAGAUAGAAAAGAAGUCAUUCAUGAAAUGAAAUUUUCUCCAGAUGGGUCUUACCUUGCAGUGGGAUCCAACGAUGGCCCAGUAGACAUCUAUGCUGUUGCCCAGCGGUAUAAGAAAAUUGGAGAAUGCAACAAAUCCCUUAGUUUCAUUACUCAUAUUGAUUGGUCUUUGGAUAGUAAAUACCUGCAAACUAAUGAUGGUGCAGGAGAACGACUGUUCUACAAAAUGCCAUCUGGGAAGCCUCUAACAAGUAAAGAAGAAAUCAGAGGGAUUCCCUGGGCCUCCUGGACCUGUGUGAAUGGCCCCGAAGUGAGUGGAAUUCGGCCAAAAUACACUGACGUCACUGACAUCAACUCAGUGGAUGCAAAUUACAACAGUUCAGUUCUGGUGUCUGGAGAUGAUUUUGGACUGGUUAAAUUGUUUAAGUUUCCUUGUCUCAAGAAAGGAGCCAAAUUUAGGAAAUAUGUGGGCCAUUCUGCACACGUCACAAAUGUUCGCUGGUCCCACGACUUUCAGUGGGUAGUGAGCACAGGAGGGGCUGACCACUCAGUUUUCCAGUGGAGAUUUAUUCCAGAAGGGGUCACUAACGGCAUGCUAGAAACCGCGCCUCAGGAAGGUGGCACUGAUUCGUACAGUGAAGAAUCUGAUUCAGAUUUGUCCGACGUGCCAGAGUUGGACUCUGAUAUUGAGCAAGAAACUCAGAUCAAUUAUGAUCGCCAGGUUUACAAAGAAGAUCUACCUCAGCUCAAGCAACAGAGUAAAGAGAAAAACCAGGCAGUGCCGUUCCUCAAACGAGAAAAGGCUCCCGAGGACAGCUUGAAGCUCCAGUUCAUACACGGUUAUAGAGGCUAUGACUGUAGAAACAACCUGUUCUACACACAAGCUGGAGAAGUGGUCUACCACAUUGCUGCAGUUGCUGUUGUGUAUAACAGGCAGCAACACUCCCAGAGGCUGUACCUGGGGCACGAUGAUGACAUUCUUAGCCUGACCAUCCAUCCUGUAAAGGAUUACGUGGCCACUGGGCAGGUUGGAAGAGAUGCUGCUAUUCAUAUAUGGGACACCCAAACCCUAAAAUGUUUGUCACUAUUGAAAGGACAACAUCAGAGAGGAGUGUGUGCACUCGAUUUUUCAGCCGAUGGAAAAUGUCUGGUGUCAGUUGGUUUAGACGAUUUUCACAGUAUUGUGUUUUGGGACUGGAAAAAGGGAGAAAAGAUAGCCACAACCAGAGGACAUAAAGAUAAGAUAUUUGUGGUCAAGUGUAACCCACACUACGUUGACAAACUGGUUACAGUUGGGAUGAAACACAUCAAAUUCUGGCAACAAGCAGGUGGGGGCUUCACCUCUAAAAGAGGAGUUUUUGGAAGUGCCGGAAAAUUGGAAACAAUGAUGUGUGUUUCUUAUGGGCGAAUGGAGGAUCUAGUGUUCUCAGGAGCAGCUACUGGAGAUAUUUUUAUUUGGAAAGAUAUUCUACUUCUGAAGACAGUGAAAGCUCACGACGGGCCUGUGUUUGCUAUGUACGCAUUGGAUAAGGGUUUUGUAACAGGUGGAAAGGAUGGAAUCGUGGAACUCUGGGAUGAUAUGUUUGAAAGAUGCUUGAAGACCUAUGCCAUUAAAAGAGCAGCAUUGUCAACUAGCUCAAAAGGCUUGCUUUUGGAAGAUAACCCUUCAAUUCGUGCCAUCACUUUGGGACAUGGACAUAUCCUGGUGGGAACAAAAAAUGGAGAGAUUCUAGAGAUUGAUAAGAGUGGACCAAUGACUCUACUUGUUCAGGGGCACAUGGAAGGAGAAGUGUGGGGUCUGGCAGCGCACCCCCUCCUGCCCAUCUGUGCCACAGUGAGUGAUGAUAAAACACUUCGGAUCUGGGAAUUAUCCUCCCAGCACCGCAUGCUAGCAGUACGGAAGCUAAAAAAAGGAGGAAGAUGCUGUGCCUUCUCUCCGGAUGGGAAGGCCUUAGCAGUUGGUCUGAAUGAUGGGAGUUUCCUUGUCGUGAAUGCCGACACUGUUGAAGACAUGGUCUCCUUCCAUCACAGAAAAGAAAUGAUCUCUGAUAUUAAAUUUUCAAAAGAUACAGGAAAAUACCUUGCUGUGGCAUCCCAUGAUAACUUUGUGGACAUUUACAACGUACCUACAAGCAAAAGAGUCGGCAUCUGUAAAGGCGCUUCCAGUUAUAUCACACACAUUGACUGGGACUCAAGAGGAAAAUUAUUGCAAGUUAAUUCGGGUGCCAAAGAACAACUCUUUUUUGAAGCUCCCAGAGGCAAACGGCAUAUAAUAAGACCUUCAGAGAUUGAGAAGGUAGAGUGGGACUCGUGGACCUGUGUCCUGGGCCCCACGUGUGAAGGCAUCUGGCCGGCGCACAGCGAUGUGACGGACGUAAACGCUGCCACUCUCACCAAAGACUGUUCCCUCUUAGCCACCGGAGAUGAUUUCGGUUUUGUUAAGCUAUUUUCAUAUCCUGUCAAGGGCCAGCACGCACGAUUCAAGAAGUACGUGGGGCACAGCGCACACGUCACCAAUGUGCGGUGGCUGCACAACGAUUCUGUGCUGCUCACGGUUGGCGGAGCUGACACGGCCCUGAUGAUCUGGACGAGGGAGUUCGUGGGGAUGCAGGAGAGCAAGCUGGUGGACAGUGAGGAGUCAGACACGGACGCCGAGGAGGAUGGAGGCUACGACAGUGAUGUUGCCAGAGAAAAGGCCAUUGACUACACCACCAAGAUCUAUGCUGUGAGCAUCAGGGAAAUGGAAGGCACCAAACCACACCAGCAGCUGAAAGAAGUUUCAGUGGAAGAAAGGCAGGGAAUUGUCAAGGGAUCAAGACCAGCCGUCAGCCGAGCAGCUCCCCAGCCUGAGAAACUCCAGAAGAACAACAUCACCAAAAAGAAGAAACUUGUUGAGGAGCUGGCUUUAGACCAUGUGUUUGGCUACAGAGGAUCUGACUGUCGCAACAACCUGCAUUACCUUAACGAUGGUGCCGACAUCAUCUUCCACACGGCUGCAGCCAGCAUCGUUCAGAACCUCUCCACAGGGAGCCAGAGCUUCUACCUGGAGCACACGGACGACAUCCUCUGCCUCACGGUGAACCAGCACCCCAAGUACAGAAACGUGGUGGCCACCAGCCAGAUAGGAACCACACCUUCAAUCCACAUAUGGGACGCCAUGACCAAACACACCCUCUCCAUGCUGCGGUGCUUCCACUCAAAGGGGGUGAACUACGUCAACUUCAGCGCCACGGGGAAGCUCCUCGUGUCAGUGGGAGUGGACCCUGAGCACACCAUCACCGUCUGGCGAUGGCAGGAGGGUGCCAAGGUCGCCAGCCGAGGAGGGCACUUGGAACGCAUAUUUGUAGUGGAAUUUCGCCCGGACUCGGACACACAGUUUGUGUCUGUUGGGGUCAAACAUAUGAAGUUCUGGACCCUGGCAGGCAGCUCCCUGCUUUACAAGAAAGGGGUCAUCGGGUCCAUGGAGGCUGCCAAGAUGCAGACGAUGCUCUCUGUGGCCUUCGGUGCUAACAACCUCACUUUCACGGGUGCCAUCAAUGGAGACGUCUACGUCUGGAAGGACCACUUCCUGGUCCGGCUGGUGGCCAAGGCCCACACGGGCCCCGUCUUCACCAUGUACACGACUCUCCGGGAUGGACUGAUAGUGACAGGUGGAAAAGAGAGACCGACCAAGGAAGGAGGUGCUGUAAAGCUGUGGGACCAGGAGAUGAAGCGCUGCCGGGCCUUCCAGCUGGAGACAGGGCAGCUGGUGGAGUGCGUGCGCUCAGUGUGCCGUGGCAAAGGAAAAAUUUUAGUGGGAACCAAAGAUGGAGAAAUAAUUGAAGUUGGUGAGAAAAAUGCCGCUUCAAACAUCCUGAUUGAUGGGCACAUGGAAGGGGAGAUCUGGGGCCUGGCCACACACCCCUCCAAGGACAUCUUCAUCUCCGCCAGCAACGAUGGCACAGCCCGGAUAUGGGACCUGGCUGACAAGAAGCUGCUCAACAAGGUUAACCUGGGCCACGCAGCCAGGUGUGCAGCCUACAGUCCUGACGGGGAGAUGGUGGCUAUUGGCAUGAAGAAUGGAGAGUUUGUCAUCUUGUUGGUGAACAGUCUGAAAGUUUGGGGGAAAAAACGAGACCGGAAAUCUGCUAUCCAGGAUAUCAGAAUCAGCCCAGACAAUCAUUUCUUGGCUGUUGGUUCUUCUGAACACACAGUUGACUUCUAUGACCUCACUCAGGGCACCAGCCUGAACCGCAUUGGCUACUGCAAAGAUAUCCCAAGCUUUGUCAUUCAGAUGGAUUUUUCUGCCGAUAGCAAAUACAUCCAGGUGUCAACAGGAGUCUACAAGCGCCAGGUGCAUGAGGUCCCCCAGGGGAAGCAGGUAACCGAUGCCACAAUCAUUGAGAAGAUCACCUGGGCCUCCUGGACAAGCAUUCUGGGAGAUGAAGUCAUUGGAAUCUGGCCAAGAAAUGCAGACAAAGCUGACGUCACCUGUGCAUGUGUGACCCAUGCUGGCCUGAACAUCGCCACAGGAGAUGACUUUGGGCUGGUGAAGCUAUUUGAUUUUCCGUGCACAGAAAAAUUUGCCAAACAUAAGCGAUACUUUGGUCACUCAGCUCACGUGACGAACAUCCGUUUCUCUCAUGACGACAAAUACGUGGUCAGCACUGGAGGAGAUGACUGCAGUGUGUUUGUGUGGCGAUGUCUGUAAAUGCCAGAAACCUCUUACAUUCUUGCUGCUGCUACCACCCAGCACCUGCAGAGGCAGCGACAAGUUGCCUCCCUGCCACUCCCUGCAGGGAAGGGCCUGUAAUGCUGUGGGGAUGCACAGGCUCAAAGUGCUAUUGACAUUGUAUGACUGCUCCUGUGAUCUGGGAUCUCCAAAACUGAUGCCAAGAAGGAAGGUCAAGUUCUAAAAUGUUAAGACUGUGUGCCUCUGUUCUGAGACUGAAACUAUACAUAUUAACUACACUGACAAAAAACCCUAUCUGAUAAUGUAGCCCACUGACAAAAUUUAAAGCUCAGUUAUCCUAACCAAUAUGUACCUUUUAAUUUGCAUCAAAAACUUUCACACAAGAUGUUCUGUUUCUAUAUACUUUAAGAAUGUUCAUCUUUUUACAAAUAAGUUAAAGACAGCUUAAGUUAGAAUCUUCUAAGUACUAGAAAUACAUAGCUCUGUUCUCAUUUAGCUUUCAAAAACCAAAUGAGCCAUAUAUAAACAGGUUGAGAAACUUAAUUUUUUAACAUUUUAUUUGCAGUUUUAUAUCCAUUAAGUGCCUUUGACAGAUUCCAGUUGUGUGGGCUGCUGUCUCACCUCCCACAAAUUAUCUGCUUUCUACAUAUGGUGCUAAAACUUCAAAACUAAGGGGGGCUACAGGACCCUUUAGCAUGUAUAGUCUGUCACCCAUGUCCUGUGUUUAUGUCAAGGAUUCCUAAAUGAAGGACAUCAGUUUACCUGCUUGGGAAAUCGUGAGUACAGGAAGGUAAGCAGCAAGGGAAUUUAACUGAAGUUCAGAAGGGAGAGGCUAGAAUGGGUUUUCAUUAAGUUUAGUGCCAAAUCUGCAAAACCCAAACAAAACUAAUGAUUCCUACGAAGUGGAGCGGGCAGGGGCAGGGGUGGGUGGGCUCAAGUGGGUCUAGAAGGAUGAGUUUGAGACUGUACUUUGCUUUACCACCCCUAAAGUGAAGUGGACUUGACUCCAUUGAGUUGCUUCAGGUGAACUUAAAGGUCAAGUUGGGUAAAAAAAAAAUCUCUGUAGAUAAAUCAAAAUUAUAAAACAAAAUAAUUUAUAGCAUUCCUCAGAGUUUUUUGUAUGGUAUAAUGUGACUUGGACAAUAUUAACCAGAAGAACUCCUUAAACCACCUCAAUCACACUUCACACACAGCCUAUCAGAGCAUGGGGCUGACAGCACACCCUGAAGGAAGACGGGCGAAGGACUGGUGACGGUGAGUGCAUAUACCGCAGGUAGUCUGUCCAGUCAUGGAACUAAAAUCCUGGCUGUUUGAGUUACUAGCUAUUUGCAGUUGUCAGCUUAGAGAAAUGAAGCUUCAGCAGUCUAAGUGGUUUAGAUCACUCAUUAAGCUAUUCUUAGCUGCCGAUUUAUUAAUGCCUUAUAUUAGUCCACUGAUAGGUUGUUGGCCCACAGUGAGAGUCCCUAUGCAGCCCUAAUUCUGUUCUGUUUCCUGUAACCACAUCUGCCUAUGCUGUACUACUGACCUUUCGUACUAAUUGGAUUGUGCAUUGACAUAACCAUGUGGAAGUACAAUGAAUUAAUCAAUGGCGACAUGUACAACUGUAUUUAAAGAACAAAACUGUGUCAAGAAAACGUCUUAAAUCAUAUUUAUAAACAUUUAUAUGCUUUGAUUUUAUGUAUGUUCACAAAUCCUGCACUGUAUUCUAGUAUGUGUUAAAUUAUUGAUGCAUGAGUUUUUAUUUUCCAUUAUCAGCGUGUAAAAAAAAUACAUAAUUAAAACAAGAUUUUGGUAU